UGUUUGUCCGCGUGCUUUUAUUUUCCUCCUCUCUUCCAUGCACUUUGAUGGUUGCUUUUUAGGCACAUUUUAGAUAAGUUUCGGGCGAAUGUUUUGAUGACGAGGUGAACAGGUUGUGGUGCGUGUGUGAUGGUCAGUUGAACAACAGUCAUCAUCGAUGGGCAGUCUGUUUCAAACCCUUGCAGUAGACAGCCCGUGACAGAGUAACAAAGGGCCCUUAAGGUUGAAAUGUGUUAGAAUUGUGUUACUAAUAAUUGUCUAAAAAUAUUUGGUGAAACUUCAAAUUUCUUAGUUGGAUGAUUUGUUGUUUAAAAAAAUUAGACCACUGUCGAAUUCCAAAAGUUGCAUGCUGAAAAGUAGAGAAAGUUCAAACCGCCCGAAAAUGACUCUAAACAACAUUGUUUUGCUUUCGAUGCUGUUGCUGCCGUUUUUCAUUGGGCAUGUGACUUCCCUAAAGUGUUUUCGCUGUAACAGCAACGAUAAUCCGGACUGCUUCAACGUGCGGCCAUUAGCGAAGGUCGACCCUCCGACGACGACGACGUCUCCGAAGCUGGCUGCCACCAAUGUGACGAAUCUGUCUGCCACGACGGCGGCGACACCGACUAAUUCAAGCAAACAACUCAAAGAACCGGUGCCCCUAUUUUUGGAAGAAUGUAGCCGAGACGAAAAAGGACGCGAGCCUUUUUGUCGGAAAAUGGUUUAUACUGUCAUACAAAACAAGCAUCACCGUGUGGUGCGGGAGUGCGGAUACGAACCAUCUCCCAAGGACUGUUACAUGGCGGACAACGACUUUCACCUGGAGAUGGUGUGCCAAUGCUGGACGGAUGGAUGCAACGGGGCGGAAAGGACAAAGUUUGGCUCGAUCGCGGUCAUGACCGCUGUAGUUGGUGUUCUACUAAGAUUGCUGGGCAAUUAAUGAUAUAGUCGUACAAGAAAAAGCUUCAUUUAUAUUUUGUUUAUUGUUUUUUUUUUUUUUUUUGAAUUGAUAAAUGUUAAACCAAUAUAAAUAUGUGAACAUGUGAAAAUUGUAU